ACUCAACGAUGCGGACUAUAUAACUCGGCGGCCGGGAGAUGGAAGCGAGAAAAGUCUUACUAAGACAAACAUGUACCUCCUGCAUAGAGGAUAGUUGCGUGUCCCAGAGACGAGAGACCAAGCCUAGACCUAGGCCAUUUUGAGGUGUACGUGUAAAUGUAGCAAUCAGUUUGAUUGAUAUCACGAAUAUCGCUAGCGUUCUAGAAAACAUUAGUUUCCAAAACUGAAAUAAAAUAAUAUUGCAA